AUGGGAAAGACACGUGUGAUCUCCAAGGGUUACCGACAUGGCACUCGUGACAAGUAUUCCAAGAAGUACAGGACCAAGGGAAGACCUGGCUUGGCAAGGUACUUGGUGAACUUCAAGCGUGGAGACUAUGUGGACAUUGUCGCUGACCCCUCCAUCCAGAAGGGAUUGCCAUACUCGUUCUACCAUGGCAGGACUGGAAUUGUCUUCAACGUGAACCGCAAUGCCCUGGGAGUUGAGAUGACCAAGAUUGUGGGCAACCGCCAGCUGCGCAAGCGCAUCCAUGUGCGCAUUGAGCACGUGCGCAAGUCCCGAUGCAACGAGGCUUUCCUGCAGCGAGUGAAGGAGAAUGACAAGAAGAAGGCACAGGCCAAGAAGGAAGGCAAGAGCAUCGUUUGCAAGCGCGUGCCUGAGGGACCAAAGGAGAUGAAGACGGUGACGGCUGAGGCUGAUGAUGUUGAGUCGCUGGUGCCAUUUGGCUCGGAGACGCCUGGCGCCUCUGCGCCCGGCGUUGAGUCAAUGAGUCAAGUCGCGCUUCAAAGUGCUGCCGCCGCGAGCGGCUCCAGCACGGCAAAGACCGGGCCUCCCGUGAAGUAUGGUGUCUCUGACCCCAUUUCAUUGCAGGAAGCCGAAGCCCACGACUUAGAACUCAGUGAGCGGAUGAGGGAAGAACUGGAAAUGGUUUUUCCCGCCGAGACCCUCGAAGGGAUGGAGAAGAGACAGGGAGUGCUGCAAGAGCUGGAGAGACUCUUCCACGACUGGAUGUCGAAGCAGUGUGUAGAUGCGAACAUUCCAGAGGAAGAGAUCAAGAAGUCAACGGUGAAGAUUACAACUCUGGGAUCUUACAGGCUUGGCGUUGUCCAUCCUGGCAGCGACAUUGACACCCUUUGUAUCGCUCCGCCCUUCAUCCGACGCGAAGAUUUCUUCUCAACGUUUGCAGCCCUACUGGAGCAGCACGAGGAUGUCAGUGAAUGCGUGCCGAUUCCAGAUGCGUAUACUCCAAUCAUCAAACUCAAAAUGAGAGGUGUAUGCAUCGAUCUGCUCUUUGCCCGCCUGGCCCGAGCCCCCGAAGCCGAAGUGGCGGAGCAGGUGGUGAAAGAAGACGAGGUCCUGAAGAACAUGGACGAAAAGAGCGUUCGAUGUUUGAACGGCUUCCGGGUCGCGGAUCAGAUUCUGAGGCUGGUGCCAAACCAGGAGACCUUCCGUCGCACGCUGCGAUUCAUCAAGUAUUGGGCGAGAAGAAGAGGCAUCUAUUCCAACAUCGUGGGCUUCUUCGGCGGGAUCACCUGGUCCUUGCUGGUUGCACGGAUCUGCCAAUUAUAUCCCUACUAUGCGCCAAAUCAGCUGGUGAACAGGUUCUUUCGGCUGUAUCACCAGUGGCAGUGGAACUGGGCGCGACCCGUAACGCUCUGUGACAUUUUGGAACCAGCCACGGUUCCAGGCAUGUCGGCCUUCAAGGUGUGGAACCCAAAGACGAACCCGGCGGACAGACAACAUGUGAUGCCGGUGAUCACCCCGGCCUUUCCAUCGAUGAAUUCCACGCACAAUGUCACGGAGAGUACCAAGCGCAUCCUGUUGGAUGAGUUUAAAAGGGGCUUUGAAGUUGUCCAGAACGUGGAGGGAAACAAGGCGGAUUGGUGUGAUGUCUAUGCGCCCUUCCCCUUCUUCCAAGAGUUCAAGAACUUCCUUAUGAUCGAGAUCCUGGCCAAGUCGGAAGAUGUGUACAACAAGUUUAGUGGAUGGGUCGAGAGCAAGCUCCGCAUUCUGGUGAUGCAGCUGGAGAUCGUGAAUGGGAUGAGGAUACACCCCAACCCAAUGCAGUACGACCUGCUCGAAAGUGACGCAGAGUGGCCUUUGGGGUGUCUCGGCCAGCGGCCAUCUUCGGCUGGCCAUCGGCCAGCGGCCAGCGUGGCGCCGUGCUGUACCGAGGUGUGGGAUGUUCCUAGGCAUGCAAUUCACACCAGACGCUGGAGCGUUGCGGCCUCAGUGGUCAUUGACAUUGACGUCCAGGUCGUUGAUUUGGGGGAAGUUUUGCAGGGCUUCGGUUGAGAUGAUGAGCACCGAUGAGUUUGGCAUCCCCAAAGAAGAUAGGAAAGUCAAAUCGCACUAAAAUCAUGAUACAUUGCCCUCGGGCAAUCAAACGUAGCAAUGGAAAUCCACGAUUUAGUUCGAUGAUUUUCC